AUCGAUCCUGAGGUUCUGGGCUCGAGUUCUUUUUGUUUGUUUUGUGGCUUUGGUUGUUGUUUUCCCACCUUAAGAUAAUACCGUGGUAUGCGUUAGAAAAUUAAGGAACUGUGGAUGUUUGGGACGGCCGCGCGCGCUAUGGGUGCGCUCGGGGCGGAUAAAGCGGCGCUUUUGCGUCGCAGGGCCGCGGGCUGUCUGACUGCGGCUGCCGCGGGCACAUUAUUUAUUGCAGCCGCGCCGGGCGCUCGCUGCUGCCACGCUGUGGCCGUCGCCGGGACCAACGCCAGCUGCAGCCCCGCGUCGUGCAGCCUGGCGCUACUGCUGCGCGGGCCCCUCAGAGAUUCCCAAGCAGGCCGAGGAGAGGGGGGCAAGGGAGGACCUGAGGGGCGGCCUCCCAGGGCCUGUCGGGAACCUCCCCCGCCUCGGCCACCCCUGACAAGAGCUGGACGCCCGACUAGCCUCGGGUCCUCCCCCCACCCCCAGCGCCAUGGAGACUGGUUGCACAGGCGGCCUGGCACGUCAUGGCUGCUUCUGUCCAAACUGCGCGUCCCAAGGCCCCCCCGGGGCGCACGCUGGUGCGGGGAAGGCGCCCGCUUCGGGAUUUUGAAAUCGGAGAGACCACUGUUGGUGCCGAGGCCUGCAGGCCUGGCUGGCCCUGAGGAGGAUUGACUAUGGCAAGGAAGGCGGGCUUUGGCGUCAGGCGAGGGCCUGUGACAGGCAGAGGCCGCACCUGUAUGCUAUGGGCUCUGGCCUGGGCUACAGAUGCAGGCGGCCCGGGCGGGGGGCCCUCAAGGUCCCCCACACACACCGGCAGGCCGCCCUCCGGGCUGGCGGAGGUCGAGUGGGCAGCCCAGGGAAAGGGCGGACUGUGGGGCCCCCGCACGCCAUCCAGUCCCCUUUGAAGAACAGCUGAAAGGUAAGUGGACUUUCUCUGUGGCUUUGACCUAGAAGAGAGAGUCCUGGUAGCCAUUCUCACUGUCCCAGGAGAGGCUCCCUCCAGCGUCUGGGGCUCCUAUUCUUGCCUGAGUGUGGUGUGUCUCUCUCGCUCUGUUUCUCUCUCUCUCUCUCUCUCUCUCUCUCUAUAUAUAUAUAUAUAGGCACCUAAUGCUGGUUGGAGAAAUAAAUUGGGCCAUUGCCAAUAUAAGAUGUACCAGCCUUGGCUAACACAUAGAGAUUUCAAUUUAUUUUUUUGUCUAUCUCAGUGCCUAUAGAAGCUAGAAAUACAAUGUUUUUGGGUUGGUUUUUUUUUUUUUUUUUGGCUCUUAGCUGAGAAAUUAAAUUUUGUCAUUGUCUGGGGGUAAUUGUUAAAUUAAGAAUCUAAAUUAAACCAUAACAAAUAAUAACAAUAGCAGUAUAUGGAGCAAAUUGCCAUCAGUCCCAAUACUGUGAGAGACCUGGAGGUAUGACACAGAAAUUAUAAAUGUAAAUAUUAUCAACAUCUCCCAACAGUUAUUUUUGUCUUACACAAUAAUAAUUUGCUUGAAAUCACUGUCAUCUGAUGCUCUUGUUUAAGAAACAAUAACUCAAACAUGGUUUUCUUUGGACAUAGCUUUUAAAAAAUAGUUCCCUUUAGAAUUUUUAACUUGAGUUUUCAUUUUCACCUAUUGUGUCCAUUCUCUGAGGAAAUUCAAGGGAAAUAUCACAUUCUAUCCUCUCCUGCCAGGCCCUUCUUUAUAUAUGCAAAGGAGAAACUUUCCCAGCUUGGACUGGUUGGGGCACAGGCAGAAGGCUUCUGGGUGCAGCCCCCAUGGGGUGGGCAGAAACCACUUUCAUGGGUGCUUGCUAGGUUCUGUGGAGGCCACCCGCAGCCCAGUCCUUUCCCAGUUUUCUCCCUUUGAGGGAAGUGAGGGCAGGGGGAAAAAUCAAAAAGCAAGGAAGAGAUUAAGGAAGUCGUUGGCAGAUUCCUAAGAGGGCAUUGCCACCCCCCCAAGUCCUGAACCCCAUGAGCCUGCAUUCUUCAGAGUUUUACAGAUCUUACAAACAUCCUCUGGAAAAUCAACCAAAUUGUAUAGUCUCUCUUCAGCCUCCAUAGAAUUGAGGAUUUUAAAGCUAAUUCAAGGGUUUUACAAGCCCAACAAAUACAGUUGUAAAAAUGCCAUUGGAAAGAUAUCACAUUUUACAAAAUGAGAUUGAUCCAUGUGCUGUAAAAGUCAACUAUCUCGAAGGCACACCUAUCAAGCAAGGGAAAGCAACCCAGGAUAUGCUUUUCACGUCCUGCCUGGGGAAGGACAGGCCUGGGACCACGGUAAAAAGCAAUGCCUACGUGGAGGCAGCUAUUCCCGUUAUUGGAGACUGCAGGCGGCAGGCCCCCAACAGUCCCAGGAAAGGCAUGGAAGAGGGUACACCCCUGGACCGUGAGGGCUAUGGGGCGCCCAGCAAACCAAGCACAUCAAUGAUCUCACAGCCUUGGGACAUAAAGCUGCCCUUUAUGCCUCGCUGGGCAGGGACCUUGGGUCGCUGUGCCUCAGGAAUGAGGACAGAUUCCACAUCUGGAUCUGUCUCAGCUCUGAGCAGUCCGGGUGUCGGGAGCGCGAGUCCCAAGUGCUCGGCGAGGGAAGCAGGUCCCACGGCAGGCUUCGGAGCUCAGUCUCAAGGCCACUCCUCUGUAGGUCCCUUUCUUGUUGAAACCAGUGGUUUCUGGCCUCCCAGUUCCUGGGUGCAAAGGUGGGACGGGGACGCACAGCUUGUGGGGUGCUUUGAGGCCACGCAGUCGCUGGCCUUUGGAGGGGAGCCCGGCGGUACUCAAAGGAGACGUGUUGUAUGUGGGACGAUGGGGCCGGCGGGGGAAGACGUUUGGCCGCAUCCUGGUCAGCUUGAGCAGUACAAACCCGACAGCAGCAGCGUGCCGGGCAAAGCCCUCCAUGACGAAGGCACCGACCGGAAGUACACGAGCCCUGUUUACCCCUGGAUGCAGCGGAUGAACUCCUGCGCGGGUGCUGUGUAUGGGAGUCACGGGCGCCGAGGCCGCCAGACCUACACCCGCUACCAGACGCUGGAGCUGGAGAAGGAGUUCCACUUCAACCGCUACCUGACGCGGCGCCGCCGCAUCGAGAUCGCUAACGCGCUCUGCCUCACCGAGCGCCAGAUCAAAAUCUGGUUCCAGAACCGCCGCAUGAAGUGGAAAAAGGAAAAUAAACUCAUCAAUUCCACGCAGCCCAGCGGGGAGGACGCUGAGGCAAAAGCGGGCGAGUAGACGCCUGGGCAGGGACCAGGCCAGCGCCGCAACCU